AUGGAAACCCAGGGCUGUACCACAGCUACUGCCCCCUCAACCCCAGCCCACAGCUGCUCUGGGAUUACAGAUGUGAGCACCAUCACUCCUAACAGCAGCUGCCGGCACGACAGCCCUGAAGCCAACAGCUGCCGGCCGGCCGGCCCCCUGCUGAGAACUCCCCAGGGCCCCGGCUGCCAGUCGGCCCUGAGCCUCUGCCACAGCCCCAUCUACCUGCUGAGCAGCUCCAGUGGCCAGCCCUGCCUGGAUGACCACGUCUGGUACUGGGAAGGAAUCAACAGCCACGAGAAAGAGACCAUGCAGCUCCUGAACGGCCGCCUUGCUAGCUACCUGGAACAGGUGCGAAAGCUAGAGCGAGAGAACGCCGCGCUGGAACGCAAAAUCCAGGAGGAGUGUGACAAAGUGUGCCCUGCCCCGGGUCCCAACUACCUGUCCUACUACGCCACCAUUGAGGAGCUCCAGCAGAAGAUCUUGUGUACCAAGGCUGAGAAUUCCAGGCUGGUCUCACAAAUUGACAACACCAAACUGACUGCAGAUGACUUAAGAGCCAAGUUCGAAGCAGAUGUGUCCCUGCGGCAGCUCGUGGAGGCAGACACCAGCGCCCUGCGGCAGGUCCUGGAUGCACUGACUUUGGGCGAGGCUGACCUGCAGGCUCGAGUCCAGUCCCUGAAGGGGGAGCUGCUCUGCCUGAAAACCAACCACGAGGAGGAAGUCAGUUCGCUCCAGAGCCAGCUUGGGGACAGACUCAGCAUUGAAGUGACUGCUGCCCCUUCUGUGGACUUGAACCAGAUUCUACAAAGCAUGAGAUGUCAGUAUGAGUCCAUCAUGGAGACAAACCGGAAGGACAUGGAGCAGUGGUUCAACACACAGAUGCAGGAGCUGAACCAGCAGGUGGUAACCAGCUCUCACCAGCAGCAGUGCUGCCAGGCAGAGCUCAUAGAGCUGAGACGCACCGCGAACGCCCUGGAGGUCGAACGGCAGGCCCAGCAGCGAAUGAGAGACUCCCAAGAACGUAUCCUAGAGGAGACGGAGGCCCGCUACACGGCCCUGCUGUCCCAGAUCCAGGAUCUGAUCCAUAACCUGGAGGCUCAGCUGGCAGAGAUCCGAAGCACCCUGGAAGGACAGAACCAAGAAUACGAGGUUCUGCUGGACACCAGGUCCCGGCUGGAGUGCGAGAUCGCCACCUACCGCAGCCUGCUGGAGAGCUGGGAUGGCAAGCUGCUGUGCAACCCAUGCACCACCAACCCGCAGCCCUCCAUUUGUGCCACCCGCCAGGCCAGAGUCUGGGAAUGCCCUGUCCCCGUGUGCACAGCCCGGACCCCUGCUGUGAUGCGCAAGACCUGUGGCCUCCCGUCCCGGAUCCUGGUUAAAAUAUGCACCAUCACCAAGGAGCUCAAGGACGGGAAGGUCAUCUCGUCUUACGAGCACGUGCAGCCGUGCUACAUCACCCGCCCCGCCAGAGUCUAA